UGUGAUAUACAACUUCCUGAGUCUGUCUUUUGAGUACCUUGGAGGAGAAAGUGCCAUCAUGUCGGAAAUAAGAGGAAAGCCUAUUCAGUCUAGUUGCCUGUAUGGGACAUGCUGUUUGGUAGGAAUGAGUUACUCCAUUGGCUUCCUGAGAUUCUGCAAGCAGGCCACACUUCAGUUCUGUGUCGUGAAGCCCAUCAUGGCUGUCAUCACCAUCCUUCUGCAGGCUUUUGGCAAAUAUCACGAUGGAGAUUUUAAUGUAACAGGAGGUUACCUUUACAUCACCAUCAUCUACAACAUCUCUGUCAGUUGUGCUCUCUAUGCCCUCUUCCUCUUCUACUUCGCCACCAGUGACCUUCUGAGACCUUUUGAGCCUGUGCUCAAAUUCCUCACCAUCAAAUCCGUCAUCUUCCUCUCCUUCUGGCAAGGUAUGGUAUUGGCCAUUCUGGAGCGAUGUGGUGUGAUCCCAAAAGCUCUGGUCAUUGAUGGUCAUGAAGUGGGGGCUGGUUCAGUGGCAGCUGGUUGGCAGAACUUCAUCAUCUGCAUCGAAAUGUUCUUCGCCUCCAUCGCCCUCCGCUACGCCUUCACCUCCAGUGUGUACCGCGAGAAGAAGAGUGAAGCACCAGAGAAUGUAGCACCUAUGCACAGCAUAUCCAGUGGCCUGAAGGAGACCAUUAACCCUGGAGACAUGGUUCAGGAUGCAAUCCACAACUUCUCUCCAGCUUACCAACAGUACACACAGCAGUCCACCCAGGAAGUAGUGCAACCCAACAUGAAUGGCAAACCAGGGACCAGCACCUCCAAGAGUUCGAAGAAAUCUGAUAAAGUGAUGCUGAUCGACACGGAUGAUGAGUUCUAGUGCCCCGUCUGUCCUGAUC